CAACCGUAAUAAGAAAAUCAAUUCAGACAGUUAGAGAAAUGUGAGAAAGGAAAUCUUAAUUAAUAAAUUAAUAAAGCUAUAAAUGAUGCUCGGAGUUCAGGAAAAACGAUAACAAAAAUUAUAUUGAACUUUAUUCUUUUAGAAAGUGUUUCGUAAAGAUUCCCUAAGUAUCGAAACAUUACUUGUGGACCGUAUUUUACGAUGUGUGAAACUGAACCAUAUUAAAUUUUAAUUUAAGUUUCUUAUAUGUAUCAUGUCCCACCAUAAAAUGGGAAAAACAGACGAUACUUACGUUAUUGCUAAGUACGAUUAUACAGCUCAAGGAAGUCAAGAGCUUGAUAUCAAGAAAGGGGAACGACUCAUUCUCUUAGAUGACAGCAAACACUGGUGGAAAGUACAAAAUGCAAAACACCAGUCUGGUUUUGUACCUUCAAACUAUGUCAAAAGAGAGAAACCAUCUAUAUUUGAUAGCAUUAGACGGAAAGUUAAGAAAAAAACUGAAGCCAAAAUGUCACCCACUGCUUCUCCCAUUGCUACAAAAGAAGUAAAUGUCGACUCGCCUCGUAACACCUGUGACAAAACCAAUACAUACACCGGUACAUCUGCAAUUGUUAAAUUCAAUUAUGAGGCUCAGCAAACUGACGAGAUAUCGCUUGCGAAAGGAGCGAGAGUGACUGUUAUGGAAAAAUCCAAUGACGGUUGGUGGAAAGGUGAAUGCGAAGGUGUCGUCGGAUGGUUUCCUUCGAAUUAUGUUUUAGAAGAGGCAGAAGAUACUAAUGACAGCAGCCACAAUUAUACUCCAGCAGGUUCUGCUAAUAAUACUCUGCAAGGUGGGGGUUGUUUAGAUGUGGUGCUAGCCCUGUAUUCUUUUACCUCUCAAAACGAAGAGGAGUUGAGCUUCCAGCGAGGCGAGCAUUUAGAGAUUCUCGAUAGACCUGAAAAUGAUCCUGAUUGGUGGAAAGCCAGAAAUCAAAGAAAUGAAGUGGGAUUAGUGCCAAAGAAUUACGUGCAGGUAGUUUGCCACGGUAAUUCAGUCGAAACUUAUCCUGGGAAAAACUUUCCUCUAUCUAGUAGUGCUGAUAUUUUAAUGGAUAACGGAGUUUCACGUAAGGAAACUAGCUUAUCUCUCGGAGCAAGUGGAGGGUCUCCGGCCCUGUUCCGUAAUAAAUUUGGUAGCUUGCAAGAAAGACCUGAUCUGACUGGUAAAAGCUGGUAUUAUGGUAGUAUAACUAGAAGUCAGUGUGAUCAAAUGUUAACUGAGUAUGCAGAAGAUGGUGAUUUUAUAGUUAGAGAUAGUGAAACAAAUGUAGGAGAUUAUUCUAUUUCUCUGAAAGCAACCGCAAGGAACAAGCAUUUUCGAGUGCACGUAGAAGGACGUGUCUUUUGCAUAGGACAAAGGAAGUUUGAUACUCUUGAUGAUUUAGUAGAACAUUAUAAAAGAGCUCCUAUAUAUACUAGUCCUAGAGGUGACAAGUUAUAUUUAAUCAAGCCUUUUCAAAAAAUUGCUAAAAAUACUUCAAAAUCAUAAUAAUGGUUAACUUUUUAUUAUCAAUUAAAUAAUCAUCUUUUUCAUUUAUACAUUUGUGCUCAAAUGAUCUGAGCAUGUACUACUCUCUUCCUGGAAUGGUUGUUGCAUGAAGUUCUUACAGAAUUUAACAGUGCCAUUCUUAUUAAUAGUAUAAAUAUAUAUACUUGUUUCUUGCUAUGUAACCUGUUUACCACGAAGUGCCUUUACUUUGGCUCCCUUCUUUAAACUUUACAACUUUAAAUCUGUUUAUUCCCUAAAUAAUCGACAUAGCUGCCAACUUUUGCUUUAUGUGUGGAUUUUACGUUUUCCUCCUUGUCUUCUGGUUUAAUAUAUUCUCACUUUCAUUGAUAAUUCGCUUAAAGAGUUUUAAAAAAUGAAAAAGUUUAACGCUUAAAAAGGGGAAAUUUCAAAAUUUCUCCUAUCAAAGUUAACUUUUUGCUAAAUUUAUUGCUUGCUUAAGUAUUAACUGUUAAUUAAUAGCCUCAUUUAUAGUAAUCAGUUUGAAGCUUUAUUUUUGAAUAUUCUGAACUUAUAUUAUGAUUUUAAAUUUAUAUAAUUAUUUUUAUUUCCAAAGUAUUUAAAUUCAGUUUUACUACUAAAUAAUGACGUAAGCCUAAUUUAUUUUUGAAAAUUUCAAAUU